AUGCAAAAACAAAAAAAGAAUUGGAAAUGUAAGUCGUGUUGCAAAACAGCGAAGGAGACUUCUACACCAAAUCCCCCAUUUUAUGUGACUCAAAGGAAAAAGGACAAUAUCCCAAAAUUAAGCGAUACUUCUUCGUCCAAUCUGACCCUAAUAGCAAAUGCGCCUGAGUUUUCGAAAUCGACACCAGUGAGCAUAGACUCAAAUAUAGACCACCUCCAAGGAACACCCUCAGGCAUGUCAUCACGCACUGAUGAACAACAAUCACAAACACCGAACACGAGUGUUGCAUCGCAUCUGUCAUUAGACUCGCCGAUCCCUGAUCUGAGUAAUGACUCAAUAACGCAGGAGACUCUUGAUUCCCUGGAUAUACGACUAUCAAAAAGUUUGGACUGCACUGUGACCGACCCAAUCCCAAUUCAGGAAAUGAAAGAGACUACCAGUCUGCUACGGUCAGAGUAUGCAAUCCUACAGAAUGAAUUUGAUAAUACUUCAUUGGAAAAUAACAACCUCCGUCAGCAACUUAGCAAAUUGGCAAAGGAAAAUGAUAUGCUAAAGGCCCUGUGCCAAUCUCCACUAAACGACAGCCAAACAAUUCAUUGCUCCAAAAAAAGUAAUAGGCGCUUAAUACUACAACCCGAAGCUGUAUCUCCCAUGACAUUUUCAAAACCUACAUCAACCGUCAAAACAGCUCCCCUGGACUCUUCACUACAAACCCUCUACGAUAAAAUUAAGAUCUUGCAGAAGCAACUAAAAUCCGCAGAAAAGGAGAUAUUGAAGCUGAAAAAAUAUAUUGAUACAUUGGAACAAAGACUAUCAUAUGACUCACAAGAGAUUCUUGAAAGGACGAACAUUGAAUGCUGUAGACAUGCUGACGAUAAUUUACCAAAGAGGUCUGCCAGUUGUACGUGUUUGGCGGAUAGAUAUGCUAAUGCAUUAAGACGUUCAGGCACAGAUUUAUCGGCUACUUUCUGCCAGCUGAACGUGUUCGAAGCCAAUGGGUCGGGCACGGCAAACAAAUCUGAGAGAUAA